GUAGCGCUCAGGCCCGGGCCCUCGACAGCUGGCGGUCGAAGACGCCCGGAACGCAGUGACGCUCGCGCUCCGCCCUAUGUAUGCUGUCCGUCGUGGCGUGGAUGCCGGCGACGAUCCACGUGCUGGGCGUGCCGCCGUCUUCUGUGGCUGAGUCGGUGUCGAUGCUCGAUGUGCUUACAAGCAGCCUUCGCGCCGCACUGGAGGGGCACGAGACUGACGCUCGGACGAAGGCAGACGACGUUCUGAAGGAGGGACAGGGACGAAGCACCGUCGGUGUCCAGCUCUGCCAGAGUCCGACGUUCACGAGUUGGAGGACGCGCUGCAGGAAACUACGGGCGUCAUCGGCGCCGCACGAAAGUGUUGCUGGCGCUGCGUCUGGCUCGCAGAGCAUUCUUCACAUGGAUCCCUUUGUCUGCCCACUCGACAGAUGGAAAUAAACGUAACCGAGUAAUGCAUUUUGUGUCCGUCGUGACCCCAAGACAUGAUUUGGUCAUUUGGUCCAACGACCUUAAC